GCGGAGCCGGGGGCGGCAGGGCUUGUCGGAGGGCGGCGAUGGGCCGUGCCCGCCUCGGGUGCCCCUCUGGCCGGGCGGCGGCCCGGGGCGGCCUGGUCUUCCCCGUGUGGGCACGGAACAGCCGGCAGGAGUUCUGGAAGCAGAAGGUUCUCCUGGCAUAUGCGAAGUGAGAAGGAAGCGGUCUGAGACGAGCUAGCGGAUCGGGAGGAAAAAUCCCAGCCUAGGACGGGAAAGCAGGGCUUUGGGUAGCAGUAAGGAGUGGGGAGCAGGUGAAGGAGCUAGCACUGCAUGGUGGUUUUGGUUUAGGGGUGUUAAUUACCAGUAGGUGAUCCUGAAAAUAUCAUUGCUGUGAGUGACAAGAACAAAACUGUUCUGGUAGCAUCCACAGAAUCGGAGGUCACCCUAAAACAGGCUUUGGAUAGCUCUGGCAGUGGGGAGCUUGUAGCCUUCACCUUUCUUAUGUCUCAAACGUUCUUAGACUGGCAAGGAUUAAUGGAGGUCUCCAGCCUUGGCUCGGGCUAUUUGGAUUCCUUUAGCAAUUCUGAAGUGAAAAGCAGGUCCCUCAGACCACUAGUUUGCAUUGUUUAGGAGCCAAAGGUAUUUUCAUUUUAAGGCUGCAGUUGGAAGAGGUUAAGCAAGCUUUGCGUCUGAGUUGAGUCUGGUGAUAUUUUCAGAGUGAUGAUGUGAUGAAGAGUUUUGGGGACAAUUUGUUGCUUUAUCUCUGAAUGUAGGAGUUAGGACUGGCUGUUCUGAAAUGGAUGAUUUAGCAAGACUUGGUGAUCAUUCCCCGAUGUAAUAGAUGUUCAUGUUGAAGUGCUGUACUGCAAUCAUUUAAGAGCUUCUAUCUUCUCACACUAGGCCUGCUGCCUUAACUGGAGGUCUCUGACACUUUGCCUUCCCUUUAAUUACUUUUCCCAUUAUUCUCUUUGACUCAGAUUACUCGUAUUAUUUUCAUGCUUGAUUUUUUUUUUUUCCUGGUUCCUUUCUAGUGCUUUGCUAACAGGAGCAAAUCAAAGUAGACAGUGGUACAUCAGGUCCUCCAGUGGGCAGACAUAGUGAGGUUAUGAAUACUUCAGAUUUGUGUUAUUAAACAAGAGGCUCCCUGUUGUCAUACUACAAUGGACUUAGCCCUGUCCUGCUGAUUACUCUUGUCCCUGCUCCAUGCUCUUUAAUUUUUUAUGCUCAUCUUCUGGAAUCAGCUGUGCAAUACUUCUUAAAGCAAGAAUUUUAAACUUUAACUAAGGUCCAUCUGUCUAUGUGUGCCUGCUCUUCCUUGGGAGAUGUCUAAUGUUUCCAGUUAUGCCCUUCGAAUGGCCCGGCUGAGUGCUCAGAUAUUUGGAGAAGUUGUCAGGCCAACUGACUCGAAAUCAAUGAAAGUAGUGAAGUUAUUCAGUGAGCAGCCUUUGGCCAAGCAGAAGGAGGUCUACAGCUGGUAUCCUCCUCACAACACCUACUAUGCCCUCAUGAAGAAACUCCGUUACUUUGGUCUCUACAGGGAUGAACAUCAGGACUUUAAGGAGGAGAUGAGGCGAUUGAAAAAGCUCCGUGGGAAGGAAAAACCAAAGAAGGGGGAAGGAAAGAGAGCUCUGAAGAAGAAAUAGUACCACUUGGGCAAUAUAAUGAACUACUCUGGAAGUGCUGGAGAACAGCUGUAACCCAGGCUUUCUGUUCCCAGCUGGAGAGGGCUUGGCAUGUGAGCUGCGUGUGGGGCACAAGAAACUGAAAUACUGGAGUCCAUCUUGGGAGUGCACUUGGGUCUUUGUGGUUUUAUUGAUUUUGAAUUUCUGUAAUUUAAAUAUACUGUAUAUUUUAGCAUCUAAGAGCCCUUUCUUACCCAAGUAGUAAAAACAAUUGUAAAAAAAUAAGUGCUCAGUGUUUUUCUUGCAAACACCUGUAGCUGUUUCAGUUUUCUGGAUCUGGAAGAUUGUUUGAUUUUCAUUGUCUGUUUUACUUUCUUGGGUUAACAUCAACACUGUUUUGCAUGUGGCCACAAAAAAUUGAGGUUUCCUGCUUCUACUGCUGCUGGUCAGCUUGCCUAUUACAAUGAGUUUCACUUCAGGUAGCUUUAGUGGGGUUUUUUUGUUUGGGUGUCUUUUUUUUUUUGAAGUUGCUGUUAGAAUCUAUUGUUCUGCAUUCUACAUUGGACAAUACUUCAUGGUCCUUUGCCUGCCCACAGCACUUUCAUUGUACCUUGAAUAUUUAGAUACUGCAGCAGAAGAGGGUGAAAUAUGAAGGCUCAAACUGUUUUCCACUUUGAGACCCCCUACUAAUUAAAAUACAAUAUUGUAAGUUUACUGUCAUAAAAGGAUUUUCAAUUUAUUUUGAUUGCCUGGAGGACAUGUAUGAAAUACUUCAUAAGGUGAUGAACAGUUUUACUGGUAUUCAGUAUAUGGUUUUAUCACUAGGCUCCUUCAGUGUUGCUAAUAUUAAUGAUUGUGUACAUCUACCAUUCUUGCUGUCAGGGAAUAGAAAGUACAGAAUGCAGCUGUGCUGCUCUGCCUGGCCAAGUGUGCAUCUUGCCUGUGUAUGCCCUGAAACAGCUUCUUAUAAUUUCCAGACCAUGUAAGCUUAGAGGAACAUCCUUGAGGUAGUAAAGGAGAGCUAUUAAAAAUGUAGAGUGACUGGAGCAAAAUGUAUUGCACAGUUAUCUUGCGGUAUGCUUGAUUUUUGUGUACAGAGGCAUUCUGAAGUAGGGAGGAGUACUAACCUACUGACAUUUCUAAACCAAGCUUGUUCAAAUGUAAGUGUAUUUGAAGGGAUCUGUGAUCACUGAAAUGAGUGGAUCUACAUAAAUUUGUAACAGCUCAACAACUGUACUUCACCAAGGUUAUUAACUGAAGAGGUGCUGAUUGUAUUAAAGGUGUUUCUGGUGAGCUGUGUAGUUCUUCCUGUUCCUUAGUGAGUGUCACCUGGUUUUCUAAGCUCUAAGAGAAGGUGAUUUUAGGUGAUCUGUGGUGUUGUGAGAGAAGCAUCUGAGUUCUUACCACUACAGUACAGAGCAGAUCUAUAUUUUCCUAACUUCCUUAGCAUUUUGUUGACUGUGGUAAGAUUCUCAUUCUAAUUUAAAAUCUUUUUAGUAACUUAAAACUUUGCUCAACUCUAAUGUGCCUAUGGCAUUUUAGUGUUCCAUGUGUUGUCUAUGCAUUGUGACCUGACUGGUACUGAAGUAUACAGAGUCUGUGAUGGGCCCUCUGAGAAGUACUUGGUUCCUGGGAUGUGUGCACGCAGCCCAGGGGAAGCGGUCUGGUUCCCUUGAAUUCCUCUUGAGGAAGAAGAGCGGCAUGGAGCCACAUACUAGGCAGGAGAGGGAAUUGCCCAUAGUUGGAAGGUUGCUGCUGCCUGACACAGUGUUUCUGGCUAUGGCUGCGAUGGGUGAAGUUGCUCAGUUGCUUGCUUUGGUGGAGAGAAAGACUGGUUCUGAACCUCUUCAGCAGAAUUAACUGUGGCAGCUUUGGCCAGCUGGUGAUUGUCCUUACAACAGCUUUGUAGGCAAGAACUUGAUGUCUUCUAAAAUUAAACCAAAGAUCAAUAAAAAUGUUUUCCCUGCAAUUUAAGA